AUGAAGUCCUUCACCCCCGCCCUGGCUUUCGCCAGCAUUGUCUCUCUGGUCAACGCCCAUGGCUUCGUCACCAGCCCCGAGCCCCGUAUGCCCGGUAGCGCCAUGAAGGCCGCCUGUGGAGAGCAGGUCAAGGUCAACCAGGAGUCCGACAACUACGGCAACAUCCAAGGCGAGCUGCAGGUCGCCUCCAGCCAGAGCGACUACGACGCCGACAAGUGUGAUAUCUGGCUCUGCAAGGGUUACAAGUUCGCCGACAACAAGGACAACAUCCAGUCCUACACUGCCGGUCAGACCGUCGACUUCAAGGUUGACAUCCGCGCUCCCCACACCGGUGUCGCCAACGUCUCCGUUGUCGACACCUCCUCCAACAGUGUCAUCGGCAAGCCCCUGAUCUCCUGGGAUGUCUAUGCCUCCACCGCAACCGGUGUCACCUCCGACGAGACCAGCUUCAAGGUCACCAUCCCCGAUGACCUCGGCAGCCAGUGUGACACCGCCGGUGACUGUGUGCUGCAGUGGUACUGGUACGCCGAGUCCAUCGACCAGACCUACGAGUCUUGUGUCGAUUUCUCCCUCAGCGGAUCUGGAUCUAGCUCUGGCAGCUCUGGCAGCUCCAGCUCCAGCUCCAGCGCCGCUGCCAGCGUCGCCACCAGCUCUAGCGUUGCCGCUUCCGAGCCCUCGUCUACCUCUUCCUCCGAGGUUGUCGCUACUUCUGUCCCUGUUGCCGUCCAGACUCCCUCCGCUGCCGCCACUGCGCAGUCUACCUUCGCUACCAGUGUCCGUCAAUCCACCGCUACCGCUGCCGCCACUGCUGCCGCUACUGCUAGCGCUGCCGGCUCUGCCCUGCCUUUCCCCACUGACAGCGCCGAGGAUGUUCUGUCCUGGAUCGAGUCUCUUGUGGGCAACCUUGUUGGCAACUCCAACUAA